UCAUCGCUGUAGUCGAUGCAGCCGUCUUGUGUUUUGCCAUCUCUAUGAACAUUGUGUAUAUAAAAGAGUUGUUAUUGCUCAUAUCGCAAUUUUUACAUUUACUACAAGAAGAAAGUAUUUAGUUAUUUACAUCGUUUGUUUAUUUAGAUUUGCCCAACCAGAAAUUCCCACUAUACAGUUUGUAAAUCUUCAAAUAAGGAUAUAUAAUCAUGGGUUGCGAUGGAGGAACUAUUCCCAGGCGCGAUGAGCUGGUGCGCGUGAAGCAAAAGCCAGAGCAGAAAGACAAGGAUGCGGAGAGGGAGUUCCGUUGGCGUCAUUGCACCUUGACUCAGCAGAGCCUCCAGGAGCCGAUCGCCAUGUGCGGCAUGGGCAGGCUGUACUCCAAGCAGAGCGUCAUUGAGCGACUACUGGAAAAGGAGCCCAUGCCAGAGACGGCCGCGCACGUGAAGAGCAUGAAGGACAUUCGCCAGCUCAAUCCCACACCCAAUCCCGCCUUCACCGAGGAGGACAAAACUGAGGGACUACUAGACACACGACAUGCUCCUUACAUCUGCAAGCUGAUUGGCCUGGAAAUGUCCGGUAAAUUUCGCUUUGUGGCCCUUUGGAGCUGCGGUUGCGUUAUGUCAGAGCGUGCCUUGAAACAGAUCAAGGGCAGUGUGGCCAGCACUUGUCCACUUUGUCAGGCUCCCUACAGCGUUGAGGACGUGGUGGUGCUUAAUGGCAACGACGAGGACUUGGAGCUCAUGCGGGUCAAGAUGGAAAUGCGUGCAGCCAAACGCAAGUCAUCCAAGAAGGACAAGAAGGGAGCUAAGAAGGUGGAGGUCAAAGCUGAGCCCGCAGAGCCAGAAGAGCCCGUUGCAUCGACAUCAAAGUCUGCACCCGUGGAGAAGCCCACUACUAGCACAAAAAUCAAGGCGAUUGCGCAGCUCAAACGACUGGGCGCCGUUAACGCAAUGCAGGAUCCCGAACUGAAACGUCUCAAGAGCGACUUCAGCGUGGCCAAGGAUCCCAAGGCCAGCGAUGUUUACAAAUCACUUUUUACCUCCCACAAAACCGAAAAGGACCAAGAGCGCGCCCACUGGGUCACCUACAAUCCAUUCUACAAUUAGUCUAUAUUAAGUUUAAGUUUGCCGUGUUAAAUCAGUCAUUUGGGGUCCCUUGUCCGAAGCCUGAUCGUUUAAACCUAACACAUAGUUCAAAAAUAUAUACAAUCGACAAUGUAUCGUUCAGCCUACCAAAAA